ACGGUGUUCGACGAGUAGCUGUCCCGUAAACGUGCGUGUUCUCCAGCGGCCAGACCGAGACGGUCGAUCUCGGAAAAGCGUAUCCUUCGGAGCGAGAUCGCACCGCGUCUAGACGCGACGGACCGGGGAGAUUCGAGAGAUCAUCGGCUCGUCAACGGCGUCGACUGUCUCUCACGCACCUGGUGCGACAACAGCGACAACUCCGUUGCUCUCGGGCUAGAUCUCGCUCUCCGGCGGUCGCCACUAAUAGCCCUAUAUAUCCUCGGUGCGGCAUCGAACCGGACUCAAUUAAACGUCCGAUCCGCACACUACCAGAUCGACCCGCAGUAGAGCGCUUUGAGUUAGGGGCCCCCGCCUAGAGCAGCGCACUUGCGUGGUGAAAAGCACACGAGACCCACUCUACCUAUCGCGUGCGGGAAAGUAAAAGGUUCAGCGCACCGCGAAACUCCUUCGUACUGGGAUAGGAUAGGCCUCCACAGAACCAGUGAGACCGAGAAAUAUCAUCACGAAAAGUGUGCCUGCCCGUGUGUACGAGUGCUGGUGCCAUAAUCCAGAAGCGGCUAUAACGAGAAGGAAAAAAGAAAUAUGCACCUGCAAGCAUACUAGCAGCAGUCCGCAGUGCAACGAGUUCGAGAAAGUGUGAGCAAAAAAAGGGGCGUUGUCCUUUUUGGCUUCUAGUUCUUCUUGAUUUUGGUGUUAAAAGUGCUGUACCUGUGUGUUCGUGUGUCUUUGUGUAAGUGAACUUGAAGCAGAAGACCGCCGGUAAAGCUCUCUUCGUAGCAAACUAAAAGCUUACGCUACAAAACAGUAAAACAAAAUGACGCCCAAACCAGAGGAAAGCAUUCCCGUCGUCCACGUGGGCGACGACCGGGAGCUGGGCGAAUCGGCCCUAAACAACAGUGCCAGCUUGAGCAAUCUCAGCGCCAACCUCAAGCUGAACGCCUUCAUCAACAAUGGUUUCGUGAGCGAUUGUGCCCAGGCCGAGAAGCUGGCCGCCGCCGCAGCCGCGAUGGAGCUGCACGGUGGCAAGGAUGAGCUGCGCAAGGACACGAAAAACGCGAACCAGCAUGGCGUCCUGAUGGCCACCGGCGGAAGUGCGGCAACGGUAGCCGAAAAACCGGUCGUAGACUUUGACGAUCUGCUGCCGCACGUCGGCGAGUUUGGACGGUACCAGAAGAUUCUGUUCCUGCUGAUGAUUCCGUUCGCGUUCUUCGUGGCGUUCGUGUACUUUUCGCAGAUUUUCAUCACCCUCGUGCCAGAGGAGCAUUGGUGCUACGUGCCGGAACUGCAGCACCUGUCCGUGGAGGAAAGACGUGCGUUAGCCAUUCCCGUCGACGAACCGUUCGGGUCCGGGUUGGAUCCGGGUGUCGGCGAUGGAAGCGAACCGAUCAGCUACAGCAAAUGUACGAUGUACGCCGUUAACUUCACGGAGGUGCUUGCCAACAACAUACGCAAGGCAGAUCCGUCCUGGCCGACGCAACCCUGCCGGAACGGAUGGGAGUACAACUUUACGGAUGUACCGUACCAGACGGCAGCGACUGAUUUCGAGUGGGUCUGUGACCAUGCCUACCUUCCGACGUUGGCCCAGUCCAUCUUCUUCCUGGGUGCGAUCGUCGGUGGUCUGCUGUUCGGCUGGAUUGCGGAUCGCUACGGACGCAUCCCCGCGCUGGCUGGGUGCAAUAUCGUCGGUUUUGUAGCCGGUGUCGCUACGGCAUUCGUCGGCAACUUCUGGCAGUUCAGCUUGUGCCGGUUUCUGGUCGGAUUCGCCUUCGACAACUGCUUCACCAUGAUGUACAUCUUAGUUCUGGAAUACGUUGGCCCAAAAUGGCGCACCUUCGUCGCAAACAUGUCGAUCGCGCUGUUCUUCACGACCGCUUCCUGCGCAUUGCCCUGGAUUGCGUACUAUCUGGCAGAUUGGAAAACGUUCGCUAUUGUCACAUCGGCACCGCUAGCUUUGGCCAUCCUUACCCCACUGUUGGUACCGGAAUCGGCAAGAUGGCUCGUUUCGCAGGGUAAGAUUGACAAAGCCAUCGGAAUCCUUAAGAAGUUUGAAACGAUCAACAAGAAGACGAUCGAUGCCAAGGUGUAUCAGGAGUUCAGUGACAGCUGCGUGCGGCUUCAGGAGGAAGAGGCUGCGAAUAGCAACUACUCUGUACUGGAUCUGUUCAAGACGCCGCGCCUGCGCAACAUCACCAUUCUGCUGAUUGUCAUCUGGAUGGCCAUCUCGCUCGUGUUCGAUGGUCACGUGCGUAACGUCGGCUCGCUCGGGCUCGAUCUGUUCUUUACGUUCACGGUGGCUGCCGCGACGGAGCUGCCGGCCGAUACCUUCCUCACUCUGACGCUGGAUCGUUGGGGACGGCGAUGGUUAGCCUGCGGAACGAUGGUCGCCAGCGGGCUGUUCAGUCUGUUUGCCACCAUGGUACCGAUGGGUGCAUACUCCGCUACAUUGGCAAUUCUGGGACGCUUCAGCGUAAACAUUUCGUACAACAUUGGGCUACAGUAUGCGGCCGAGCUGCUUCCCACCGUCGUCCGGGCACAGGGUGUCGCGUUCAUCCACAUCAUGGGAUACGUGGCGAGCAUUGUGGCACCGUUCGUCGUGUAUCUGGCCAACAUCUCGCCCUCCCUGCCACUGAUCGUGCUGGGCAUUUUGGGUAUUUUCGGGGGACUGCUUUCCCUGCUGCUGCCCGAAACACUCGGACACGACCUGCCGCAAACGCUUGCCGAUGGUGAAGAAUUUGGACGUGGGCAAAAGAUUUGGGACUUCCCCUGCCUUACGAAGAAAGUGGAUGACGUCGAUACCUGUGAUGAUUUGCCCGUGGAACGGUUUACCCGUGCCACAUCGAAGACUUCGAUUGGAGCCUCGCUGCGAGCGUCGACUCGUGGAGAACUUCGGUCGAGCAUGCUCAACCGUUCGAUACGAUCGCGCGUAUCGGUUCGCUCGCUGGCCCAAUGCAAGGAGGAACAGAUGUCGGCCGGUGUGUAGAAGCUGUACGGUUCCUACCCGUCCUCGAGAAUCUACCGAACUGUUCUAAUGGUAGAGAAGAGGAGGGCCGCCCUGCCUUAAAGCUCAUUCCGCUUCCGGGAGUACGCGGAUCGCUAAUUGUAGUUUGUCUGAAGCAAUGUAUAUGUUUUAGUAUUGUGUUUUGUUUUAAAAAGCGUCAGCGUCGUGGUACAAUUCUAGUCAACCGUAUCGGAUGAUUUUCAGAGAGAAGUAACACACACUUGACACAAUAGUUGGUAUGUAAGCAUUGGAGCCCAGGUCGUGGGAACAAGUGCGAGGUGCUGCUGCUUACGGUCAGAAGCAGCGAAGAAAGCAAACGCGAAACAGUUCCUAAUUUCGGGACAUCGAAGAACCAAGAACGAUUCAACUUCUAUCGAGAGAAAGAGAGAACACCGCCAUAAAAGAAGCAAACAGAGUGGCCAAAAUUGUUGCAUCGAAAAGUAUUACGCGUCACAUCAGAAUAGCGAAGCGACCAUUUUACUGUUUUUUCUACUUGUUGCAAGCGCCGAUAGCAGCGUAGGGAAGGGCUGCAGCAUCUCCACUAGGGCACCACGGAACGCAAUCUGCCCUCCCCCGGGGAAUAUCGAUCAUCAGGGAAACGACUGUUUCACUAAACGAGCAAAGUAUUACGAGUUUCCCGGUGGCAUCGAUCGCGAUCGCCGCUCUGUAUUUAACGUUGAUAGGGGAGUACUCACUAUCUAGGGACUAGGGAAUAGAAAAGCUAAUUUAUGAUACAGAUACGUAUUUAGGGUAGCGAAAUCAUGUACGGAAAAUGGGUUAGUCGUAAGGCUGUUGGAUCCAACGGCAAAACAAAAGCUAAUCCUUGUCGAGUGCGAGGAAAGUAGAUGUUUUAAAGAAGAAAGUUUUCAACCGUCUACGUACGAAACGCGUUACGGAACACGGUAGACGUGAGAAAGACGUGAACAGAUACAGAUUUCACAAAAAGAUGCUCCCACAGAGGGGGCCGACAGACAUUAGGGUAUGUUGCGAAAAGUUUUAUUUAUUCGGUAAUCCUUAAACCAAUCGUCGUUACAGUUCGAAAUCGUAACGUUCCGAAAGUGGAACGACGCUUUUUUUAAAUGUGAUACGGAGGAUUCGGGCAAACAGUUAGAAAAACAAACAAACAAAAACCAGGUUGUGAAGGUAAAAUUGUUGUAAUUUAUCCAAUGUAAUCGAUCACCGUAUCAAGAAAAUACAAUAUGUCAAAAGAGAAACUUA